UUGUGACCGUUACACCAAACCUACAUUUAAAUUAGCCCUCAACUCAAACACAAAAAAACACAAACCCAAUUUCUUCUCUCUCUUCUUCAUUUCUUGAUAUCAAAUAUUUGAAACCAAAUUCAAACAAUGGUGUCAAAGACUAGGAAGAAAGCUCCAACCAAAUCAGUCAAAGACCUUAACAAACGCCGCUGGCGCCGAAAAUCCCCCAUAAAAAACGUCGUCGCGGCCUCCUCCGCCGUCAUCUCCUCCAUCCACCGCCGCAUCUCGAAACUCCUCUCGAAACUAGGCCUAACCCGCCUCAGUUCAAAUCGCAAACGAAACAGCUACAAGAUCCUCAAGAAAACAAACCAUUUCCAUUUCCCACACGAAUCCUCGCUAGACACCGUUUGCAAAACCCUCCGCUUCGACGACAAUGAGCCCUCACUUCUUCCACCAACUCUCUCAAAUCGAAAAACCGUUUUUCUCGAUCUCGAUGAAACCCUAGUCCACUCCACAACAACGCUCCCACCGGGGAGUUUCGAUUUUAUCAUCCGUCCGACCAUCGACGGCGAACCGAUGGAUUUCUACGUCUCCAAGCGUCCCGGAGUCGAUGAAUUGCUGGAAUCAUUAGCGACGAAAUACGAAAUUGUGAUUUUCACCGCCGCGCUUGAAGAGUACGCGUCUUUGGUUCUCGACCGGCUCGACCGGCACCGGUUUAUUUCGCAUCGGCUUUACCGUGACUCGUGUCGCAAUAUUGAUGGGAAGCUUGUGAAGGAUUUGUCUGUUGUGGGAAGAGAUUUGAAACGGGUUGUAAUUGUGGAUGAUAAUCCGGUGUCGUUUUCGAAUCAACCUGAAAACGCGAUUCUGAUUCGGCCUUUUGUUGAUGAUGUUAGUGAUCGUGAGCUUUGGAAAUUGAGAGGCUUUUUGAAUGGGUCUGAUUGUUUUGAUGAUAUGAGGGAGGCUAUUAAGCACUUCGUCGCGGAGAGAGACCGACGCUAGCGAGAUUUUUUCUUCUUCUUUGAUUCCUUUUUUUUUGUUAAGUUUGUAUUGGUUAAAGAAUGAAGUUGGUUGAACAAUGAAUUGUUCAACUUCAAUUGUCUAGUGAUGAUAAGAUAGAAAAAAAAGAAGAAAAAAUAGGGACAUUGUAAUGUAAUGUGUGUUGUGGAGUAGUACCUUUUACUGUUUGUUAAUCAAUUAUACAGGGGUGGAUCCUCUGUUUUACAAAACUA